AUAUCUUUGCAAGGGGAUGGGCUCUUUCUUCGGCUGUUUCCAUGUCAGAGAUGAUCUUCGCCCUCAGAUUAAUCUCGUUUCUCAUCCGAUCACUGCAAUCGCCAAGGAACCUGUCGAUUCUUUGUCUAGCAAUGGCUUGUGGUCUGUAUUAGUUCCGGCAGCGGAAGAUAGCCAUCACUCACAAUGCAGGGAACGGAAACAUGGUGUUGUAGGGUCUCCACUUCCAGAUAACGAGCUUAGGGACGAGGCGAAAUUUCUCAAAGCUUGUGGAACUUUACCCCAGACUCCAGCUGAAAUCCGGAACACUGAGAAAUUAAAAGAUUCUCGACCCUGUAAUGGAGAUGCAGAAUUUACAUUCCGUUCAUGGCUUCCCAACACAAACUACACAUCUUUUGAAAAGUUAUUAGAGAAGCAACCUGAUCAGUUGCAUUCUCCAACCAAACUUUUUGAAGAAUGGGAGAAUGGAUCAGAUUCUUCAUCACAUUCACCAAACAGCCAUAUAACAGGGAAAUAUACAGAUAGUCUCUGUACUAGCUCUUCUGAAGUCUGUGGGGUUGGACAUGCUGUUAAAGACACUCAGGCACUGAAUUCCUCAACCUCAUGCACACCGAUGGUUCCAAGCAUGCAGUGGAAAAACAAAUMUGUUYGCUUUGAAGGCCAAAAUGAUGCAURUUCAAUUUCAUCAAGAAGCUCUUCACCUAAAAUUACUAACCAGAACUUGAAGCCAUCAGGAUCACCAUUUGAUCACAGUGUUUCGAAGCCUUCGCCUUACCCAACCCCUCUCAAAUUAACCGAUAAUAUGCAAACACCUGGCACUGUCUUCCCUUCAUAUGUAUAUAACAAAGAAACUGGGAAGAACCCGAGGAUCAAAUUACAGUAUGUGUACUCAGGGGUAAACCCUGAGAAUUUCUCUCAGUUUAAGGCACCAAUAGAAUCAUUGUUUAGUUCCACUGAAUGCUCUGCUCUAGUGGAAGAAUCUGUUGAGCAGUCUGACGAAGAAACCCCCCAAUCACAAGUGAAGUUAGAAGCAAAUGCAAGUGAAAAGGAGGUAAAUGGGGAUGCUACUUUGUCGUCAUGGUUACCACCAAAGUCAAGCUACGAAGGCUGCAAGGAUCAGAGUUUGGUUCCCAUUUCUCAGGAUCUCCCUGACUUUGGUAGAACUCCUGGGGAGAGGCCUAUACUGGGGAUGGCUGCAGCUCACUGGAAUGCUGAGGGCACUCCUGUCUUACCCAAGUGGUGGGAUGGUAAUGGCAUCCCUAAUACAACUACCAAGUACAAAGAGGAUCAGAAGGUUAGUUGGCAUGCCACACCAUUCGAGGAAAGAUUAGAAAAGGCGUUAUCUGAGGAUAAGUUCGUGAAUGAGAGGAAGCAAGUUGUGGAGACAUUGCCUAUUGAAUUUUGAUGAGAAAGGACAAGAGAAAGAAUGCUGGAUUUGAGAUCCAUUCUUGGAGGUAUUUCUAGUCUUACGAACAUCAUCAUGCUUCUCAAAAAGAAUAAACGUGUCUCA